GGCAUUGACGAGGGUGUAGGAGAAGAAUGUGAUYAUGGAUCUCACCYUUUAAUUUCAUUCGUACAAUUAGAUAAACACUAUUCUUCGAUUCUAGUUCCUUGAAGUAAACAUGGCCUAACUUGUUAAUCAACUGCAUCAUAUAGAUUUAUCCGGGAACUGAUUUAUCCGGAACUUGCAAUUUCCUUCAGCCAUGGCUACGACGACGUCAACUGUAGAAUCGAGUGUUUUGGGCGUUUCUCAGUUCCGUCAUACGCCUUAUUACUGUGAGGAGAAUGUAUACUUUCUAUGCAAGGAAUUAUGUGCAAGCAGAAUGGCCGAUGCUGCGGGAGCUGAUCUUUUUGUUGUUUUCAUUUCUAAUGAAAAGAAGCAGAUUCCCCUUUGGCAUCAAAAGGCUAGCAACAGAGCAGAUGGUCUUGUUUUGUGGGAUUACCAUGUCAUUUGCAUUCAGAGAAAGAGAGAAGGUGAUUUUCCGUUUUUAGUGUGGGAUUUAGACUCAAAUCUUCCUUUACCUCUCCCUCUGGGCAGCUAUGUGUCACAAGCUAUCAGACCAUCAUUUCAGCUCUCCCCUGAGUAUCAAAGGCUUUUCAGGAUCAUCCAUGCUCCAAUAUUUUUUCGUCACUUUGCCUCUGAUAGAAGACACAUGAAAGAUUCCAAUGGGAAAUGGAUUGCUAAACCCCCCGACUAUGAAGCCAUUGUUGCCGAAGAUGGAACCAUUCACAACCUGUAUGAGUAUAUGGAAAUCAACGCGGCGGAUGUACCUACAAAUAACAAUAUCGAUGUGAAAGAUGCAGUUUUGUCCCGAAAACUUGGAGCGGUCGCAAAUGAUCUGGAGGAGUUUUUCUCUCAUAUUUCUUGAACAUGAAAAAUCGGUAUUCUUCUGAAGUUUGCGCUUGAAAACUGGAAUUGCUUUCUCAAACGAGGAAUCAUGCAAUCCUGCUUAAAGUUUAUGCUACUUUUAUGUGCAUACUGACUGGGAAUGGAUUGUUGUGCCAAUUCUCUAGAGUCCAAAUCAUUGAAAUCAGCUGCAAAGCAGCCAUAUUACAUGAAGUCUUCCUCUUAAGCACUUGGCUUCAAUGGCUACAGCUACUACGGACGCUCAUGCCCCGAUUGUGAAACUGUCCGUUGAACGUCCGAUAGCGUGCUGCUGCAACUUGAGCUAUGCAGCAAUGACUAGGUUAGAGGAACUUUUUAAAUGUUAUGUUCUCAACAGAGGACUAGGUGUGACAUUUGAAUUGUUUAUCAUCUUUACCAUUAAGCAAUACAUUAUACUUGUCCUAGUAGCAUAUGCUUUGCCAGAAAUACAAUUCAUAUCAUGCUUAACAUAGCAUGUUCAAGCUUGAA